CGUUGAAACUGCUUCCAGCAUCUGACAUUCCUUGACAACAUCGGCGCUGUCAAGUGUGGCGAAGAGAAAUAAUUUUAACAACGUCAAUUAUACAAAGAUGCUGGAAACCGUUUUCAACAUUAAAGAAUUUCUUCAGAUACGUUCUUAAACUACCAAAAAUGGGCGCAAAUGUCUCUCAGCUGGAGCGAGAAAUCGGGUCGGAUUUUUUUCCACCCAAUGAGCAUUACUUUGGUCUGGUGAAUUUUGGCAACACAUGCUACAGUAAUUCAGUGCUCCAAGCUUUAUAUUUUUGCAAGCCGUUCCGAGAUAAAGUCUUGGAAUAUAAAGCAAAGAAUAAGCGUUCCAAAGAGACCUUAUUAUCAUGCUUGGCCGACUUAUUUUAUAGCAUAGCUACACAGAAGAAGAAAGUAGGAUCAAUCGCACCCAAAAAAUUUAUUGCACGCCUUAGGAAGGAGAAAGAAGAGUUUGACAAUUACAUGCAACAAGAUGCCCACGAAUUCCUAAAUUUCCUUAUAAAUCACAUAAAUGAAAUCAUCCUAGCUGAGCGUAAUCAAAAUAAAAAUAAAAACGGUAACACAGAAGCUCCACCAGAACCAACAUGGGUGCAUGAAAUAUUUCAGGGUAUUUUAACAAGCGAAACACGAUGUCUAAAUUGUGAAACGGUCAGUUCCAAAGAUGAGAAUUUCUUCGAUCUACAAGUCGAUGUAGAUCAGAACACUAGCAUUACGCACUGUUUGCGCUGUUUCAGCAAUACUGAAACGUUAUGUAGCGAUAAUAAAUUUAAAUGUGAUAAUUGCUGUAGCUAUCAGGAAGCGCAAAAGCGUAUGCGUGUCAAAAAGUUGCCAAUGAUAUUAGCGUUACAUUUGAAGCGUUUCAAAUACAUGGAGCAGUACAAUAGGCAUAUAAAAGUAUCUCAUCGUGUUGUUUUUCCGUUAGAAUUGAGGCUGUUUAAUACGUCCGAUGAUGCUGUGAACCCCGAUAGGCUUUAUGAUCUGGUCGCCGUUGUAAUUCACUGUGGGUCAGGGCCUAAUCGUGGCCAUUACAUUAGUAUUGUUAAGAGUCAUGGAUUGUGGCUGUUAUUUGAUGAUGAUAUGGUAGAUAAAAUCGAAGCAUCAACUAUUGAAGAUUUCUAUGGCCUAACAUCUGAUAUCCAGAAAUCAUCGGAAACUGGUUAUAUAUUAUUUUAUCAGUCAAGGGACUGUGCUUCUUCUUAGACGACAUACAGGAGAAUAUAAAGUGAAACUCAUGUUUAAAGAGUAAGCCAAUCUAUUAUUUAUUUAGAAAUGUUUAAACUUAUUUAAUAUGUUAAAAAAUAAAAAAUAAAUAUAUGCAUAAAAUCCAUUUACUUA